UUUGCUUUCCACUUUUUUCUCCUCUUUUUCAUAAUAUUAUUUUAUAGUCUAUUUCUAAAAUAUUUGAUCUCUUUUGUUUUUAUUAUUAAAAGAAUACGACUUUAUUAUACUCUUAUCUUUAUAUAUUACAACAAAACCUCAACAAUAAUAAAGAACAAGAUUACUCAUCAUGAGUACCGAUUCACCCAUUGCUCAAGUACCCGAUCCCAACACCGAUUAUGAAGAUGAUUUGAUUUAUCAACAAAACGAUGAAGAUGAUGGCUUUGAACAAGAUGCUAUUCCUCAAAUAUUAAAAUUGGAUUUGCGUGGUGUACGUGUAGAACUUGAUCGCGAUACUCUUGUCAGUUUACCCGAAAGUUUACUCAUCGCCAUGUUUCCCAACGGACUUAUUCUUGGUGGACGACAAGAUGAAUAUGAAGAUGAAGAUUAUGAUCGACAUUCAAGAGAUUCAGUAGGAAACGGCGAUAAAUCUUCCUCUAGUGGUAACGGUUCAUCUCAAAAAGAUGAAGAUGACGACUUCCAAGUGACUUAUGUGGAUUUUGAUCCUGUUUGUUUGGAAUAUGUCUUACAAUUUUAUCGACAAGCUCAACAACUUUCUAAUGAAUUACAACAACAACGACUAACGAAUUCUACAACUACAACUGAAACGACAAACAGUAGUAAUGAAAAUGGUACUUCUUCUCUUCCUCCGGCAAUGUCCAUGUCCACUUCACCUGCUUAUUAUCCUCUACUCGAUAAACAACCUAUUAUCGUUUUACGUGAAGAACUCGAAUAUUUUUGUGUACCUUCUCAGAAAAAGUUACCAGUAGCAGAUAUGGCAACAUUGAAGUUACAAUGUGGACAAUAUUUACGACAUCAUGACGAGAUCUUCGCUGCUCUUCAAAAAAGUAUCGCUCGAGAAAAUAAUAUGGCCGAACAACAUUUGAUCGAUAUGCUUUGUGAUGCUGGAUUCUCUCGUAAUGAUCGUUGGGGUCAUCGUGCUUUGGAACCUAUGCGUACCUGUAUCAUCAGUAUGGGUUUGGUAUUACUGAAGACAACUGGUCCUGAUAAUCAUAUGCCAACAGCUCAAAAGUUAUUAUUGUUUUGGAGAAAACCUGCUAGAAAGUGCUGGUGGGAUGGAAAUACUGUGGAUAUUCAAGGGCAAACGGUUAGGUUAUGGGCAAGAAGAACUUGGUGCUUGGAAUUGGCUUUAGUUUAAGAAGGAAGAAGUCAACAUUUGCCAGCGAUUUUGACAUGAUACCCAUCUAUUUUACGAACCCUAUUAUUUCCCCUCCAUCCUCCUCUUUAUUUUUUAAAUGAUUUUCUUUCUUUCUUUCUUAUUUCCACAUUCCCUUUUUUUCCCCCUCUUUAUGAUCUUACCUUCCAUCCUUCCGUUAUUUCAUAUUGAUUCUAUUAAAAAAAAGUUACCAAUCAUAUAUAUAUAUUAUGUAUGUCCAUAUUACCAUUCCCUGUCCUUCAAUCAUUACUUUUGUCAGUAAUGUAUCCUUUCUUAUUGACCAAAUGCAAAUCUCUUUCUCUCUUCCCCUUUUUUAUUCAUCCUACUUUUGUAAUUUUUCUUCUCCUUUUUGUUCUUCUUUUUUUUUUUUGUCUCCUUUGACUUGAUUUAUUCUCUUACC